AUGGGUUGCAUUGUAGCUAUUGAACUUUUCAUUACAGCAAUUCUUCUUGUGUCCACCACCACCUUUAGUUCUGCUGAUACAAGUCCCAUACCAGCCGAUGCAUCGAGCCUGAACACAUGGUUUCAACACAAUGUCAAGCCCCUGGCAGACCGUAAGGGCACCAUAGACCCUGCCCUGGAAGCUGCCGAAGCUAAACCAAGAACCAUUAAAGUUAGAAAAGAUGGAAGUGGAGACUUCAAAACCUUAAAGGAUGCCAUUAACAGUAUUCCAACAGGGAAUAAAGAACGUGUAAUUGUGGACAUUGGACCAGGAGAGUACGUUGAAAAACUCAAGAUUGAGCGUGAGAAGCCUUUUGUUACAUUCUUGGGAUCACCUAGCAACAUGCCAACCUUGUCAUUUGGUGGUACGGCAAGAGAAUAUGGAACUGUUUAUAGUGCUACCUUGGAAGCUGAGGCUGAUUACUUUGUAGCUGCUAAUAUCAUUAUUAAGGGAACCGAGAUAGAUGUGAUUCCUGAUGAAGGAGGGACGUUUAUUACUGCACAAGCAAGGAACAGUGAAUCAGAAGAUACUGGAUUUUCUUUCGUGCAUUGUAAAGUAGAUGGAACUGGCAGUGGGACGCAUUUGGGACGAGCAUGGAUGUCAAGGCCACGGGUAGUGUUUGCUUACACUACCAUGGGUAGUGUUGUUAAUCCUGAGGGAUGGUCCAAUAAUUUCCACCCUGAACGAGAUCAGACGGUUUUAUUUGGAGAAUACAAGUGCGAGGGGCCAGGAGCUGACCCCAAGGGCCGUGCUAGAUCUGGCAGGCAGCUAACCCCCGGCCAAGUAGCACCCUUCAUUUCUCUUGGCUUUAUUGAAGCUUCCAAAUGGCUGCUUCCUCCUCCAAAUUAA